AUGAAACCCUCCUCAUCUUCUGCUUCAAAUAGCAACAAUAAGAAGAGUGCAAAGCCAACACAAUACCAACAACAAAAUCAACAGAAUAAUCAGAGGAAAAGACCAGCAGCAACAUCUUCACAAAAUACAUCUUCGGAAGAAUUGGCUAUCAAAGCCUUUUUACAUCACGAAUUCGGAUAUGAAAAGGAAGCAAAGGCUAGGAAAAUUACAACUGGUAGUGAAUCAUCAUCAUCUUUGGGAGAAGAAGAAUUACAACGUCUUUCUAAUGAUGCAUUAAAACAGAAGAAUAAUGCUCACGAUUGUGGUGAAGAUUUUGAUAAAUUGGGAGAUUUAGAAAGUGUUGUUUGUCAUUUAUCUAAACGAAUACCAACAAAUCUCUAUUCCGUACCUUCAUCAUUUCUUCCAAAGAAUUGUAACUUUUCAAUUUUAGAUCAUUUGAAGUUUCUAAUUCCAUCUGUAAAGAAGGAAAUUCAAGAAAAGAAGGAACAAGCUGUAAAGAAAACGCUCAAACAACCAAGCAGAAAAACCAAGAUGGCCAUCACAACCAACAAGAUACCAACAGAAACAAAUCUUCCUCCAAGAUCUGAUAAACAGAAAGUGAGGAAACUCAAAACUGCUCUCAAUGAAAUUCUAAAGAAGAGAGAAACUAGACUUGGAAUAUUUGGAGUAAUGCCUUAUGAAUUGUUGUUGCAAAUAUUUUCAUUCUUAGAUUGGAAAAUGCUUCACAAAAGUAUUAAUCUUGUUUGUAAAGAUUGGAAUGAUUCCAUAUCUAAAUAUGAACGAUACGUAAUUUCUACUUGGCAUCAUUUUGAUUUCUUUACCACAUUUUGUGAAAAGGACUUGAUAAUUGACAGUAUUGAAAAUGAGGAAAAAUUGGAUUUAACAAAAAUUGAAAAGCCAAAAACACCCAUUCUAACUUGUAUUGUAGAGGAUGCUCUACUAGACUAUUGCAACUUGAAUCAUCAUAUUAUACAACCAUUACUGGAGGAUCCUAAUACUCCAAUCGCUACUGAAAUACUAACUCCAAAAGUGUUGGAUUUUAUUGUACCAAAAGUAUUUCCAAAUGUGAAAUAUUUAACUGGAAAAGCAUUAUUUGAAUAUUUAAUUAAUAUUUUUAGGUAUACUGUUAAAUUUAUUGACUUUAAGGGAUUCAAUCAUAGCCAUCGAUUAUCCAGUUUUGGUCCGUUUCCAAAUCUUGAAUAUCUUCAAUGGAUAGAUAAUCGGUUUUUUGUGGAAUAUAAUUUUACAGAGUUGAAACCGUUAUUUGAAAAUGUCAAGUAUCUAGUAUUGAGUAUUAAGGCUGAUGCCAAUUUUUUUUCAAAUGUUUUUGAAAAAUCGUGCCACGUUCAUACAGCAGUAUUAGGUUUAUUGGGAAAUGCGCAAGUUGGUGAUUUUUGUAGAGCUAUCGAACCACAUAUGAAAAACAUUGAUCCGACUAAUGAAAAUUUAGGCCUACGAAAGAUUAGUUUCGUAGAGUGCACCCUCACAAAGGAUGCAAUUUCAAUGCUUGGAUCAGCUUCUGGCCAUUUAUUGAAAGUACUACACUUGAAUAAGAUGGAUUCCUUGGAUGAUGGUUUGAUAAAUUUCCAAAUAUUAGAGGAAUUGUCUAUUACUAACUCUAAACUAAGGCCUUCAUUCAUUUAUCAUUUAAUAAGUUGUCCUUUCGGAUCAUCAUUGAAAGUUCUCAAUUUAAAGGGAUCCAACUUUAACUUUAGUAGUAUUCAAGCAUCAUCAAUAAGAAGCAUGCAAUUAGCAGGAGAAAUAGUAUCAGGCAUUAACAAUAAGGCCUACUCUGCAGAUGCAGCAAGAAGAGAACGUGUCAUUGAGUUUAAACAAGGUUUGGUUAAAAUUUUAAAUUGGAUGAUUCCUGUUGUGAGUGAUGUUCAAAAAUUGAAUACCAUUGAAUUGAAAUUAGUAUUGACAGAUUAUGGUGAAUUCUACUUUCAAAGAAACAACAAGAGAAACCAUCAAAACAGACAGGUUUGGCGCAACAGAUUGCCUCCCUAUGAAACGGUGACUGUGGUAAGAAACAGAAAUGCGCUGCUAAUCAUUGUUGGCAUAUUCGUCCAACUAAUUCCGUCAGUACAAUGCAUCAGCUAUUCCAAUCCUGAAAUUUUAGUUUGGGGAAGUAACAUGUAUGGCAAUUUGGGAUAUCCACUAUUGGCUUCAGCCAGCACGCCUGUUGAAGUGACACAACAACUCACAGAAAUAAUUUCCAAUAAUUAUACAUGGAAUGUGGCUUUCGGAAUGAGUAAUGUUCAAACAACAGUACCAAUCAUUACAGGUGGUCACACCUUCACACUUGUACUGUUAUCUUUCAAGAAUGCUACUGAUGGAUCACUGAUUGGACAAACUAUUCUUGCAGCAGGAGACAACAGUAAUACAGCUUUUGGAUUUGCACAGGUUCCAUAUUAUUUUUCCAAAUAUGUAACUAUUAGACACUAUCGACAAGAAUACAUUGCUUCCAAUCCUUUGAAAAAUAAGGAAGUUAACAAGAUUAAAUGUUGGUUCACAUGCAUUUUGGCAACAACAGAUAAUCUGGUCUAUGUACAUUCGCUAGGUGGGGCAGGUCUUACUCAAUACAAUGUACCAACAACUUUUCCAGAUCCUGAUGGAGGUCCAAAUAUUAGUACCUAUAUUGAAAAAGUAUUUGUUACAGGAGCCUUUGGUUCAGAAACAUAUUUUGUUUUGAUGAAUUCUGGACAUGUAUUUUCUUGGGGAGGUUGGAAUUCUGGAAUUAGAUCACACACUUCAGGAACUGAAAACAUGAAUACACCAACACUUAUACCUUUGUUGAGAGCAAUUGGAUAUAUGUCAGUGUAUGAUAAAGGCGUAGCUGCAAUUAACACAACUGGUCAUGUAUUGGUUUGGGGUGAUAAUGCGUUUGGCGCACUUGGUUUAGGAAAUAAUGCUAAUACCUAUUCAGAUCCACAACUGUUACCACUAGAUUAUUCCACUGAAAAAGCUGUAAAAGUUUGUCUAGGAAUAACUACCGGAACUGUCUUGACUGAAUCAAAGCAUGUUUAUGUUUUUGGAACUAAUCAAGGUGGAGAAGCUAGCUCUAGUGUUGCCUAUGGAGGUUCAAAUAUCUACUCACCUUACAACAUGACAUCAUUAAUUACUGGUGCAGCUGCAGGAAAAGGUCUGGUUGGUGAUAUCCUUGAUAUUGAUAGAGGAAAGUAUGCAGGUUUUUGUUUAUUUGGUAUUCAAGGAGCCGCUAAUUUAUUAUCCUGGGGGAGAGCUGUUUACAACGGAUUUACUUCAGGUAAUAAUAUUGAUAUCGUCAAUAUUGGAGCUGAUACUAUUUCACCAGAGGGUUUUUUGAAUUUGUACAGUUAUGCAAUGGUUUCUGGAAAUUCUGGAAAGAUUUUUGCAUUUGGUGAUAAUUUUCAAGCUCAAAUGGGUUACGGAGAUGUUAAACUGCUACAACAACCAUCUCCACUAACUGAAAAUGGCUACUACCCUUUUACUGGAGAUGUUAAGAAAGUUUCAGUUAGAGCUGUUGGAGCUUGUUCAUACAUUAACAUUAAUUAUGAAAAUCAAAAUUCAACUCUCCACAACUGGGGAGCAUGUGAAAAUUCUUUAUCAUUGAACAGCCAGAGCAUCAAAUCUACCACUUUACCUCAACGGGUGAAUUCAACUCUAUUCAAUAAUACUGAAAUUGUUGAUAUUAGAAUAUCCAGUACAAACGGUCUAGUGUUAACUAGCUCUGGAAAAGUCUAUGGAUGGGGUUCUGGAGAUGGUUACCCUUUGGGAGUUAGCAAUUUGUACUCUUCAUUGUCAACACCAAUUGAUUUGUUUUCCGAAAAUACAAAUUGGAAUGCAACCAAAAUUGCUUCUGGAACAAAGUAUUAUGCUGUUCAACUUGAUAAUGGAAAUAUUAUGAUGAGAGGUUCUCUUGCAUCUUUAUAUGUAGCAAUUUCUUGGAAUUUAUUAGACAUUUCCAAUAUUACCAACAUUAAUGAAACGGUUCAAGAUUUUGCAGCAUGCGAAAGUUCAUUUUACAUUUUGACAAAAUCAGGAAAAGUUUUCGGACUUGGAAAUAAUGCGAACAGAGUAAUAAGCUCUGCAACAUCUAAUUUAAUUUCGCAAUGGACAAGAUUAGAAAGUGGAUCAAUUGGAAGCAAGAAAAUUAUCAAAAUUGUGUGUGGUUCAUUUCCAUUAUUCCUUUCAGAUGAUGGUGUUGCCAUCUACUUUACUUCAGGCACAUCUUUUGCUUGGACAAUGCCAAACUCUGAGCUGGUUGUUGAUAUAUCAAAUGGAGAUUAUAACAACUUUUAUACUAAUUUAUAUAUUACAAAUAAUGGCAAUAUUUAUGGAACAGGUUAUAAUCAAUAUCAUCAAUCUGUUCCAUCUUCUUCUCUUAUUUCAAAUACCAGCCCUACACUGUCAAUAGCAAAGCCAAGUGGAAAGAUGCCUCUUGCAAUCACUACAGGGGCUGCAUAUAACAUUAUUAUAGCUGUUGAUGAAUGGCAAUGUUUUGGAAAGAAUGCAUCAAGCUCAGAUGCUUGCUCUUCGAACGGUUUCUGUAUUGGACAAGAUAAUUGUCGUUGUUUUUCAAAAUAUAAUGGAACUAGAUGUCAAAUUCCUCUCUACUAUCCACCAACACCAAUGGAAGAAUAUUUUAUCAAUACUUUAGAUCAAUCACCACCAUCCUAUCGAUACAAAAUGUCUAAUCAAAUUGCCAAGUAUGCAAAUAAAUAA